AUGACGGAAGAACGCGUAAAAACAUCUGAAUGUACGAAAGAAUCAACCGAAGUAAUCGAGAGCCCUAAAAUAUGUUCGUUCAGCAUCGAAAGUCUCCUAGCACCAAGUAAGAAGAUCAUUGAAAAUGAUACCCGUGUACCAAGUCAUACCGAAAUCUAUUUACACGGACAGGAAUCGAAUGAUUCUGAGGGCCGGAAGCUGGUAGCACCAGAUUCCUCGAUGACUAUGGCAGAAGAAGUCGAAUUCGAUGAUUCUGACAUGGUUUGCUCCACCUCCCCUGAGCCAGAGAUGUGUUACGAGGCGUGCACCAGUAGCAGCGGUGCCAACUCGACGACAGGUGUUGAUAGGGAGGUUCAGGAGAAAAAUGAUAGCGCUACUAGCGACGAUGAAAGGAAAAAGAGGCCACGUACGGCGUUCACCGCGGCGCAAAUUAAGUCAUUGGAAGCGGAAUUCGAGAGGAACAAAUACCUGAGCGUGGCGAAGAGAUUACAGCUCAGCAAGAGUUUAAAAUUGACCGAAACUCAGAUCAAAAUUUGGUUCCAAAAUAGACGUACCAAGUGGAAAAGAAAGUACACGAACGACGUGGAACUAUUAGCGCAACAAUAUUAUUCUAGUUUAGGGAUUCCUGCACCUCGACCAAUUUUCGUAGGAGAUCGUUUAUGGUUUUUUAAUUAUCCAGGGCAACCACAACCGGGAACACCGAUAUUCCCGCAGCAUUUAGCGACUGUACCUUUGCCACCCGCCUUGCCCAUCGUGCAACCAUUACCGAGUAACUUAACGAUGGGUCAACAGACUUCUAUUUAUCAAAAUAUCCCCACCAAUAAUCCAGCGUAUCAUUUGAAUCAAAGGCUGGAUUUCAGGCAUCAGGACUCUUAAGCAUAUUCAGUUAAUAAUUAGAUGAAAUCAAAAAGUUGAUGGUGUUUAAUAGGUCUUGGAACGAUCCAAUAAUUUCGCCGAUUACCGCAAUAGGUCACAAAGACAUAUCACGUUCGAAAGCAAUAAGAAUCGUGUUAGUUGCAUUUAUUAUAAGGAAAGGCAAUAUAUACAACACAUAAUUAUUGCAAUAACAAUCUUCUUUUUUUAAUGGGAAAACUAACA